UUCGCAAAUCGCAGUGAUCUUUGUACCGUGUACUAAAUUUAAGUUUUGUUUGAUUUUUUUAUAUACCCGGUAUAAAAUAUAUUUUCAUUUCAUACUUUAACUAAUAACCUUUAAAACGAAAUUUACAAAAAUGUUGGCAAAUAUCAAAUUGUUUGCAGUUACAAAUUCUGCCAAGAAAUUGUGCACUAUUGGAGCUUUGCGCAAUUUCUCCACCCCAACAACUAGUGCCCCAAGCCAAAAGAACAAUAUUGUACUUGUUGAUGGCGUCAGAACUCCAUUUUUAUUAUCAGGAACUACUUAUUCCAAAUUGAUGCCCCAUGAAUUGGCCCGCCACUCCCUUUUGAGCCUUUUACGCAAAACCAAAGUUGACAAAUCCCUUGUUGACUAUAUUGUUUAUGGCACUGUUAUCCAAGAAGUUAAGACCUCCAAUAUUGCUCGUGAAGCUGCUUUAGCUGCUGGUUUCAGUAAUAAAACUCCUGCCCAUACUGUUACCAUGGCUUGCAUUAGUUCAAAUGCUGCCAUUACCACUGGUAUGGGUUUAAUUGCUACCGGCACUUAUGAUACUAUUGUAGCUGGUGGUGUUGAGUUUAUGUCUGAUGUUCCCAUUAGAUUUUCACGCAAAAUGCGUUCUCUUAUGCUGAAAGCCAAUAAAGCCAAGACAUUGGGCCAACGUUUGGCCUUGCUCUCGACAUUUAGACCAAAUUUCUUAGUACCCGAACUACCAGCAGUUGCUGAAUUCUCUUCUGGAGAAACCAUGGGUCAUUCUGCUGAUCGUUUGGCUGCCGCUUUUAAUGUUUCACGUCAAGAGCAAGAUGAAUACGCUUUGAGAUCCCACACUUUGGCUCAUGAAGCUCAAGGAAAAGGCUACUUUACAGAUUUAGUUCCAUUCAAAGUUUCUGGCGUUGAUGAGUUGGUAGCUAAAGAUAAUGGCAUUCGUGUAUCCUCCAAGGAACAAUUGGGUAAACUGAAACCAGCUUUCAUUAAGCCUCAUGGUACCAUAACUGCUGCCAAUGCUUCAUUUCUUACCGAUGGUGCAUCUGCUUGCCUCAUAAUGACUGAAGAAAAAGCCAAGCAAUUGGGUUUGAAACCUAAGGCUUAUUUGCGUGAAUUUACAUUUGUUUCUCAAGAUCCCGUCGAUCAAUUGCUUUUGGGUCCUGCUUAUGGUAUUCCUAAGUUGUUGAAAAAAGCCAAUCUCAGCCUUAAGGAUAUCGAUACCUGGGAAGUUCAUGAGGCUUUUGCCGGCCAGAUUGUGGCCAACAUUAAGGCCUUGGAAUCCGACUGGUGGUGCAAAACCUACUUGGGUUUGAGUGAAAAAUACGGAGCUCCUGACAUGAACAAAUUCAACAAAUGGGGUGGUUCUCUCUCCAUUGGUCAUCCAUUCGCUGCUACUGGUGUACGUUUGUGUAUGCACACUGCCAACCGCUUGGUCAGAGAAGAUGGCAAAUUCGGUGUUGUAUCAGCUUGUGCCGCUGGCGGUCAAGGUGUUGCUAUGCUCCUCGAGAGAUAUCCCGGAGCUACAGCUGACUAAAAUUCGAUUUGGUUCCUUAUAUCUCCAUUUCUUAUACAAGUAAUAUUAAAUAUUUUUAACAUUUAAGCCGAUAUUAAGCUAAAAAGUGCAUUUUUUUCGAGUCAUCCACAUAUGUGUAUAUCUUAUAUCUAUUUAUCUACCUUUAGCUAUUUCUUUAUAAUUUUAUGUGCUUUUACUCGAACAUAAAUCUAAAGUAAAAAUACGAGUAUGAAAAUUUAAUAAAAACAAUUUUAUAUUUUUAAAUACAAA